ACAAGAGACAAUGGCAGCAGCAUCUGCUUCGCUCUCCACCUUCUCUUCCCUCUCUCUACGCACAACCCCUUCUUGUUUUUCACCCUUUCAAUCCCAAUCAUUCUUCCUCCCUAAACCCAUCCACCUAUCAAAACUCAAGCCCAUAACAGCCAAUUCCACAACCGUCGAAACCACUUUCUUUGAAAACACAGACCCAGAAGAAAUUUCCACUUUUGAUCCUCCAGAACGCCCUGAAGACUUCAUAGAACCACCCUCUUUCGACGAUGGCCCCUUAGAAUCCGAAGACGACAUUGCAAAAGCUUAUGAAGAGCUUUAUGGGCCAGCUUAUAGUGGAGAGACUUUCCUUGGGAAUGACAUUUAUACAAUGGACUCUAAGGUGAAAAAGACAACUGGGUUUGGGAAAACUAAGAAAGAGAAGGCCAAAGAUAGGUUUGAUGAGAGAGUGGUGCAAGUGAGGAGAGUUACUAAGGUUGUUAAAGGUGGGAAGCAAUUGCAUUUUAGAGCAAUUGUGGUUGUGGGUGAUAAGAAAGGGCAAGUGGGUGUUGGAGUUGGUAAGGCUAAAGAGGUGAUUGCUGCUAUCCAAAAGUCCGAUGUUAAUGCUAGGAGGAAUAUCAUUACUGUCCCUAUGACUAAGUACUUGACUUUUCCCCACAGCCUUCGUAGGCAUAAUUACUGGAACUCGUGUUUGUGGGCUGUAGCGGGUGCCAAUGAAUUAGUUGCGAUUGGUCAUUGCGCUGUGGAGAUGGGGUUGCAUCAGGGAUCUGCCCUUAGCCCGUUUUUGUUUGCCCUAGCGUUGGAUGUGCUGAUGCGACACAUACAAGGGAAGAUUCCUGCCGAUACAUUCCGAGAUCCACACCGUGAUAUCCGGCUGAUCACGGAUGUUACGGCCUUUUGUUGGUCAUGCUCGAUUGCCUGA